AUGGCUUCCCUCAAUUCAGACCUUCCGGCUGUAUCGGCUUUGCACAGCAACUGGGUUGUGCAAAAGUUUGGUGGUACCAGUGUUGGCAAAUUUGCGCUAAAUAUUAUUGAGCAGGUCAUUCAGUAUGCUCCUCCGAUCGACUAUCGACCUAGUCUGCUAGAAAAUCGAGUCGCGGUCGUCUGCUCAGCGAGGAGCAGCUCGACCAAAGCCGAGGGCACCACGAACCGGCUUUUACGGGCCGCCCGAGACGCCGAGAAAUCACAGUCCCGGCAAUAUGAAUCCCUCGUCGAGGCUGUCCGCUUGGAGCACGUGCAAGUGGCCCAAGAGCAAUUGAAGUCAGUGGAGCUCAAAGAGCAAGUUAUAGCAGACAUGAAUGGAGAAUGUGAGCGGGUCCUCAAGGUCCUCGAGGCUGCACAAACGCUGGGCGAGAUCAGUGCUCGCUGCGUGGACAAGGUCAUGAGCACUGGUGAGAAACUCAGCUGUCGGUUGAUGGCUGCAUUUCUGCAGGAUCGCGGUAUUGACUCACAGUAUGUGGAUCUGGCCGAUGUGAUUGAUUUCCCUAUUGGCAGCCAGGGUUUGGACCAGGACUUUUAUAACAGCCUAGCCGCGAACCUGGGCAAGAAGAUCGAAGCCUGUGGACAUCGAGUUCCUGUGCUGACCGGGUACUUUGGUACCAUCCCCGGAGGCCUGCUGGAUCAGGUGGGCCGUGGUUACACGGACUUGUGCGCUGCUCUCGUGGCUGUUGGAACCCAUGCGAAGGAACUCCAGGUUUGGAAGGAAGUGGAUGGCAUCUUCACAGCGGACCCUCGAAAGGUGCCCACAGCGCGCCUCCUUCCAGCCAUCACCCCGGCGGAAGCAGCAGAAUUGACCUUCUAUGGAUCUGAGGUCAUCCACCCCUUCACCAUGGAGCAAGUCAUCCGGGCCAAGAUCCCCAUCCGCAUUAAGAACGUGAUGAAUCCCAAGAACCGUGGCACCGUCAUCUACCCAGACUCCGCCGCGGAACUCGACCGACACACACCGGGCCAUGACCCGCGUUUGUUCCGGACCCGGAGUGCCAGCUUGAUGCAGAAGCCGAAGCGACCGACCGCGGUGACCAUCAAGCACAAGAUCCUGGUAAUCAAUGUGCAUUCGAACAAGCGGUCUCUGUCGCAUGGCUUCUUUGCAGGCAUUUUUUCCGUGUUGGACAAGUGGCGUCUGUCAAUUGACCUAAUCUCCACCAGCGAGGUCCACGUGUCCAUGGCACUCCAUUCCGAGAUGCCCCUGUUGAAUGGAAACGGACGGGAUGAUUACCAGGUCAUUGACGAUGACCUGAAGGGAGCCCUGAAUGAUCUGAGCAAGUAUGGCAUGGUGGACAUCAUCCCCGAGAUGGCUAUUCUCAGUCUAGUCGGCAAACAGAUGAAGAAUAUGAUCGGAGUGGCCGGCCGUAUGUUCACUACGUUGGGCGAGAACAACGUGAAUAUUGAAAUGAUCUCGCAAGGUGCAAGUGAAAUCAACAUCUCGUGCGUCAUCGAGGAACGCGACGCCGACCGCGCCCUCAACAUUAUCCACACCAGCAUGUUCACCUUCCUGGAAUAA